CAUUCAGGUGUCUUUAUUAUGCGUCCAAAACAUACUCGUAACCAACAGGACUUCGACCAAGGUGAUGCUGAAACUGGCUCUUAAAAUAAUUAUUUAUACAGGUUGUUGGGUUGUGUUAGACGGUAAUAAUUGGCCCCAUAGAAAGUGGGCAUGCAGCAUAAAAGAGUUUUUUUCCACGUCAGAGCCAAUAUGGACGCACACUACUACAGGAAAGACCAACCUAAGGUGUUUAGUGGACCAGGUUAAUGAAAUGAAGCAGCAAUUCAUUAUCUACACACGAUCGUGUUACAACAAAGAAUAUAAGGUGUCUCGGAUAUUGUACGGAACAUUUUAUGAGCACCGAAGGAAACACAUGGACGUAAAACCCAAAGGCAAGGGCGUCAGCUUCCAAGAGGAUCUGCUCUAUGUGAGCGGUGACAAAAGCUGUGCAGUGAUUAUGGUCACGACCAAUGUUGGCGCUAAACGCGUCACGUAUGAUGUUCGAGUUAGGAACUCUCACAUUCGAUGGCCGCCACACCAUAAAUGCCUCCAUGUAUACGAGAAGUUCGAGAUGCAUGGACAAGUUUUGUAUGACCCAAGUUGCCAAGGUAUACUAGCCAAAUCGGCAAAUUUGAAGGUGUAAGAACCACAACGUGAUCGCUGUGAAAGUCAAGCAGUUUUUUUUUUUUUGCAUUAGCCAUAAUGACAAAUGCUCAUAUUGCCAGUGUGCUAUAAAAAUGUGGAAUUUUCUCUCUCAACCCAUUAAAACAUUGUCGUCCCUUACUGCGUUUAAAAAAACACAUAGAGCUCAUUUAUCGAGCC